ACUUUCACUGUAAGCAAGCACGUAGCGGGGUAACCUGAAUAGCAAGGUAAUCCAGAGUCUGUCUAGAACAACAUUCGAUCCUACAAUGUCCACUGUUAUAAUUUGUAAUUAUUGUUAACUAUGUCAACGGUUAGUCAAAUUGUGGUGAGGCUCGUGUUUGUGUUCUGCAUAGUUUUAGUUUUGUUGACGGAUUUUUCCGGUAUUGUCUAUAAGAUUAUCGGCGGAACAAAAAACGAGGGUGCCGCCAGUUUACCGCCAAGACCGAAGAACCCCGGAUAUGGAGACUCGAAAACCGACAUAGACAUAGAUGCGGACAUAGAAGAUGACACCUUGCAAAGUUUUGGAGCCCCCUCAUCCAAAUCGCAAAUCCUACAAACUAUUAAAAACGCCUGUUUGCCCAAGCUAAUAUGUGAACUGACGGCAUCACCCCAAAAAGAAAAAUUGACAGAUUCAGAAAAGUCCCUUUUAACUCUCUUAAAAGACACUUCAAUAAGUACCACUGCCGAACUCACAUCGAAGUACCAUUUUGCGGCUCACAUGGGUCAAUUAAUAGCUGGUAUUGAAGGGAAUGGUUGUCAUAAUUUUUACCCUACGUGUCCCUUCCCUGGCAUGCAAGUGUUGCAAAUGAUGAAAAAGGUCCGCAUGAGAUAAUAAGAAGAAGGAAUGAAAUAAUAAUAGUUUUUUGUAGAUAACCAGAAAUAAAAUCAAGAUCAAUAUUUAAAAUGUUACCUACGAUAUUUUACAAAAUUGUUAAAUAUUUUGUAAGCUGAUUGUGAUAUUAUAUUAAGUUGUUAAUAUGUAAUGAGGAAAAAAAGACAUUAAUUAAUAAGUAAAUUAUGUUGACCCA